AGAACAACACCAGAGUACGCCAUUUUCCAUAUUCGACAGACAAAUUCAUUAAAAAAAAGUUUAUGUGCAUCCAGUUUAGAGUCGUAAAAAUUAGAAAAAAAAUUGAAAAAGGGACUAUGCAUUAGGGAAUAAUAAAAUUGAAAGUGCGUGAGUGUUACAAAUAAGAAUAUCCUUUCAAUCAAGCUUACCGUUUGAAAAUUGCGUGACAAACAAUUUCGAUAUUUUGCUAGCGCUACAAAACACUCUGGUUGAUACUCUCAGUAAAUAGCACAUUGCGAGUCAUGCGCCUUUUUAGAUUAACUAAGUAAAGACGAGUUUUAAAUAUGGCCGAAAAUGUAAAUGGCAGAAAUAAUCAUUUAUAUCAUCAGCUUAAUGUAUCAAUUGAAUCAGCAUCAUUGCGUAAUAAUGGCAUUUUUAAGCCGAAUCCAUACGUUGAGUUGUCGAUCGACAAUAAGAGCACACGCAAAACCGAUUUUGUGAAACACACCUACCUACCCAAAUGGGAAGACGAUUUUACCGUUCUCGUAACACCAAAUUCGGAAUUAGUUUUUAGAGUACUCGACCAUUCCAGUUUCCUAAAAGAUGCUCUGCUCGGCGAACGAAGCGUAUCGCUGGGCGAAGUUUUACAACAUUAUAAUGGACGUUGUGACAAUCUUGAAAUCAUUCUGGACUUAAUGGUUAACAAUAAAUACAAUAAUCGUUCGAAGAGUGGCGAACUCGUGGCUGUACUGAACGGAUUGAAUAUUGAUAUGACACAGGUGCAUGUGGUGAACAAUGGUGCUGAGCCAAUCAUGGCUGAAGCUAACGGUAGCAAUGGCAAUCGUGGUAAUAAUUUGUCAAGAGUUUUAUCUGGUGGAAUAAGGUCUAGAAUGAGGCUUAGAGGUAAUGCAAGUGGUGCAACUGAAGGUUCACCGUACAUUCCUCUUCCUUCUACGCGUGAUAUGAGAGCUCUACUUGCUCCAGACAAUCAAAUGAGUAACGAGUCCAGAUCACCUGGACUAAGUAAUGGGCCAGCUAACCAAAGAAUCAACCACCAACCGGCGAACACACCAUCCGUUCAAAAUGGAAUGGCUUCACCAACCACAUCAGCGGUUGCUAGCGGAAGUUCAGUGCAACCAGUACCGAAUGGACCCAAUCCCAAUGAACAACAAAUAGCAUCAGCUCAGCCCGCAGAUGAUGAACCACUGCCAGCCGGAUGGGAAAUUCGAUUCGAUCAAUUCGGUAGAAGAUACUAUGUCGAUCACAAUACCAGAUCAACAUACUGGGAAAAACCAACACCUCUGCCACAAGGAUGGGAAAUACGAAGGGAUCCACGGGGACGAAUAUAUUUCGUUGAUCACAAUACCAGAUCUACAACAUGGCAACGUCCGAAUAGCGAACGCUUGAUGCAUUUCGCACAGUGGCAAAAUCAACGCACGCAUAUAGUAUCACAAGGCAAUCAAAGAUUCUUAUACCCACAACAAGCUCAGGCUGCUGGUGGUGUGGCGUCAACAGAAGAAGAAGAUGAUGGAUUAGGACAGUUACCAGAUGGUUGGGAAAAACGUCUACAACCGGACAAUCGUGUCUAUUUUGUCAAUCACAAGAAUCGUACGACUCAAUGGGAGGAUCCACGAACACAGGGACAAGAAGUUAGUUUAAUGAAUGAGGGACCAUUGCCGCCCGGAUGGGAAGUCCGCUAUACAGGAUCGGGCGAAAGAUUCUUCGUCGACCAUAACACCAAGAAGACAACAUUUGAGGAUCCGCGUCCGGGUGCACAGAAGGGAUUGAAAGGUGUCUAUGGAGUGCCAAGAGCAUACGAGCGGUCUUUUCGAUGGAAACUUAGUCAAUUCCGUUAUCUGUGCCAGAGUAAUGCACUUCCGUCUCAUAUCAAAAUUACGGUGACUCGACAAACUCUGUUUGAGGAUUCAUAUCAUCAAAUAAUGCGUCUGCCCGCUUAUGAACUUCGUCGCCGUUUGUACAUUAUAUUCCGUGGUGAGGAAGGACUCGAUUAUGGAGGUGUAUCAAGAGAAUGGUUCUUCUUACUAUCGCAUGAAGUGCUUAACCCAAUGUAUUGCCUAUUUGAAUAUGCUAACAAAAACAACUACAGUCUACAAAUCAAUCCGGCAAGUUAUGUGAAUCCGGAUCACUUGCAAUAUUUCAAAUUUAUCGGUAGAUUUAUAGCGAUGGCACUGUAUCAUGGCCGGUUCAUUUACUCGGGCUUUACGAUGCCAUUCUAUAAACGUAUGUUGAACAAGAAAUUAACCACAAAAGAUAUCGAAACGAUCGAUCCAGAAUUUUACAACUCGUUGAUAUGGGUGAAAGAUAAUAAUAUCGACGAAUGUGGCCUAGAAUUAUGGUUUAGUGUUGACUUUGAAGUGCUCGGUCAAAUUAUCCACCAUGAGUUGAAGGACGACGGUGAUAAGGAGCGUGUGACCGAGGAGAACAAAGAAGAAUACAUUGGACUGAUGACAGAGUGGAGGAUGUCGAGAGGCAUUGAGCAACAAACUAAAACAUUCCUUGAAGGCUUUAACGAAGUGGUGCCAUUAGAGUGGCUUAAAUAUUUUGAUGAAAGAGAAUUGGAGUUGAUGUUGUGCGGUAUGCAAGAAAUCGAUGUGGACGAUUGGCAACGCAACACCAUUUAUCGUCAUUAUAAUCGCAAUAGUAAGCAAAUUGUGUGGUUCUGGCAGUUUGUCCGUGAAACCGACAACGAAAAACGUGCUAGACUUUUGCAAUUCGUCACGGGAACGUGUCGCGUGCCGGUUGGUGGAUUCGCUGAAUUGAUGGGCUCGAACGGUCCGCAAAGAUAUUGCAUUGAAAAAGUUGGCAAGGACACUUGGCUACCGAGAUCGCACACAUGCUUCAAUCGCUUGGAUUUACCGCCAUACAAAAGCUAUGAUCAACUGGUCGAGAAAUUGAAUUAUGCUAUUGAGGAAACGGAGGGUUUUGGGCAAGAGUAAAUUGUGGUAUACGAGUCAAACAAGUUGUCGGUAUUUUGAAAGAUGGAAUUUGUGUUGUGAUAUCGAUUUUAUUUUUUCUACUGUGUUUUAUGGAUAAAUGUCAGCCAAUGAGUGUGAGAGCGGUUUUAAAAGAUUUUUUGUUUUUGUUCUAAAUUUGUCUCGGUAAAAAGAGUUUUGUUUAAUAAUGAAAUUACACUCGCAAAUG